AUGAAAUUAUUUAUUUUAUUAAUAUUAUUAAUAGGUGUAUUAUUAUUUAAUGGGAUCAAUGGUGAUGAAUAUGUAAAUUUCAUACCCUAUUCAAAUGAUGAAUGUGUAGGUGAUGAAAUUGGUAUUGGAUAUUCAAGUUUAUUAUCAAAAUGUUUACCUUCUAUUGAUUCUCAACAAAAUUAUUUAUUUACAUUGAAACCAAAAAAUGUAAUAGAAUGGAAAGUUUUCAAAUAUUCAAAUAAAAAUCACCACAAUAACGAUAGUUGCAAUCUAAAUAAAACUACCAUUUUACAACCAUCAUUUACAACUAAAAUCGGAUCAUGUAUUUCAAGUGAAUAUAUUAAUUUAGAUUCAAAGAUUUCAUUAUCUUCACCAACCCACUACAAAAUAUCAAUUACAAAGAAUUCACCAUAUAUUAGCGCAAAAUCAAUUGUUAAUAGUUUUACAUUUGAUAAAAAAUGUUCUUCUUCUUCAAAUAAUAAUAAUGAUGAUGAUGUUUUAUUAAUUCAAUAUUUUACAAAUGAUUUAAAUGUUAAAUUAAACAAUAAAAAUAAGAUUUCAUAUCAUUGUAUAAACGAUAAAGCAUUUACCAAAAAUCAAUUUGAAUUUGUUGAACCAAUAACUAAAGAAUGUGUGCAAUUUGGAAAUGGUAAUGCUAAUGCUAUUUCAAGUUUAAUUAAAAAUAAAUUUGUGGAUUUAAAAUUUGGAUUUGGAAGUGGAAGUGGGAGUGGAAGUGGAAGUAGUGGUGGUGAAGAUUCAAGUAGUACUACUGGUAAUACUGGUGAUUCAAGUACUGGAAAUACUGGUGAAUCAUCAAUAUCAUCAAGUACAGGUGGUAAUAGUGAUACUUCAGGUGGUAAUAGUGGUUUUUCAAGUGAUACCUCAGGUGGUAAUAGUGGUUUUUCAAGUACAACCGAGGUUACAACUGCUACCUCUGCAACUACUGGUGGCGCAACAAGUGGUGAUGAUAAUGAUGGAACUGGUGCAACCAAUUUCAUUGAUUAUAAACUUCCAAAUCCAUCACCUACCCAUCACAAAAUUUUUAAAAAAACAUAUUGUUCCAAAUAA